AUGAGCCGGUCCAUAGCUCGUUCGUCCGAGGCAGACGACGACGACGAGGACGGCAACGACGACAACGAACGCACCAUUCUCUUGGCCAAGACGGCAACGCCCCGAGACGAGAACAACCGCAACAUGGGGGUUUUCACUUCGUUUCAGAGUCAUGCCUACUCGAGGGCUCCGUCUUCUCUCGAUUUGGCCUCUUCAGACGCGAUAGACCACGACAGUAUUGCCUUGAUCAAAGACCCCGUUGAUGUCGAGCUGGCCGACAAGAAGCCUCGCGAACUUGAAGAGCAUGACGAGCAUGACGAGCAUGACGACCUAAGGAAGUCCUCCGACUCCGACUCCGAGGUCCUUGAGUCUGGUGUUGGAAAAAUCGAGGCCGCGCGAGCCCUAUGGGGCAGAAAGGGCAGAUGGCUGGUGAUUCUUGGGGCCGUCAGUCUUGCUCUGGUCAUGAUCAUCUACGAGAUCGACAACACAACCGUCAGCAUCUACAACAACUACGCCACCUCGUCCUUCUCGGCGCUCUCCAGGCUGGCAACGCUCAGCACCGCAACAGCCAUCGUCUUUGCCGUCGUCAAGCCGCUCAUCGCCAAGCUGUCCAACGUCGUCGGGCGCGGCGAGGCCUACAUCGUCGCCAUGUCCUUCUACGUCCUGGGCUACGUCCUCAUGGCCUCGUCCGCCUCCUUCAACGCCUACGCGGCGGGCGCCAUCUUCUACGCCGUCGGCCAGUCCGGCACCAACAUCAUGAACGACAUCAUCGUCGCCGACAUCACCACCGCCCGCUGGCGCGGCUUCGCCAUCAGCUUCCUCUUCUUCCCCUUCCUCAUCACCCCGUGGGCCGCCGGCUUUAUCGUCGACGAUGUCGUCAGGCCCGGCGGCAUCGGCUGGCGCUGGGGCAUCGGCAUGUUCGCCAUCCUUAUGCCCAUCAGCUCGGCCGUCAUCAUCUCGACGCUGCUCUAUUACCAGAGGAGGGCCAAGAACAGAGGGCUCGUCCCCCGAAAGAAGAAGACGACUCUCCACGGCUUCUGCUCCCAGAUCGACCUCGGCGGCUCGCUCCUACUGUGCGCAGGCUUCGCCAUGGUCUUGGUACCCCUGACCCUGGCGGCGAAUAGCUCCUCCGGCAGCAACAACAACAACAACAACAGCAGCAGCAGCAGCUGGGGCACGCCGUACACCGUCGUCCUCGUCGUCAUCGGCGGGCUCGUCCUCGCAGCCCUGCCCUUCUACGAGAAGUUCGCCGCGAGGAACCCGAUCCUGCCGCCGCACUAUUUCCGCAACCGGACCAUCGCUCUCUGCCUCUUCCUCAUCGCCAGCGACUCCAUCGGCUUCUCCAGCACGCACACGUACCUCUACUCGUGGGCCACGGUGGCCCGCGGGUUCACCGCCCGCGACGCCACCUUCUUCCAGUACACCCACGGCGUCAUGCAGUGCGUGACGGCCAUCACCGGCGGGCUCGCCAUGGCCUACACGCGGCGGUACAAGUGGCUUCUCGUCUCGGGGGCGACGGUCCGCUUCAUCGGGUACGGCGUCAUGCUCCGGCUGCGCGGCGCCGAGAACUCGGUCGCCGAGAUCUUCAUCGUCCAGGUCAUCCAGGGCCUGGGCUCCGGCUUCAUGCAGCUGUCCAUCCUCGUGCCCGCGCAGAUCGUCGUGCCGCACCGCGAGAUGCCCCAGGUCACCGCCCUCGUCAUCUGUUUCGCCGUGCUCGGAAGCAGCAUCGGCGGCUGCGUUGCCGGGGCCAUCUACUCCAACACGUUCAAGCCUGCGCUGUAUCGAUACCUCGGGGCCGGGGCCUCUUCUGAACUCGUCGACUCCUUGUUCGACUCGAUUGUCGGCACAGCCCCGGCAUGGGGCACUCCAGAGAGAAACGCCAUCAAUCACGCGUUCACGGAUGUGAUGAAGUACAUGGUUUACGCUGCCGUUGGAGCAUCGACCCCCGGUGUCAUUCUAGUCUGGCUCCUCCCGAAUUAUACGUUGCCUGAUCGAAACAAUAUUGUCGAAACUUGA